AUGAGUUACGUUACCACAAUAGUUCUUGUUCUUUUUGGAGUGUACGUAGCUAACAGUAUUUAUGUAAUUUAUCACCUUUUUCACUUGCCGGAAUGCCAAGGUGGUGUUAGAAAGUGUCUUCGUCCAGAUGGCGUUAUUGAUAAAGAAUUGGAGGUAGGUAAGACUUACAUGUACAGGAAAAUCCAUCUUUUUCUCCGACCAACAAUAAAUGAGCACUUUUUCUAUCCUUGUAUAUAUACCCUAUUGUUAAAAUGGAAUGGCCCUCAGCUGUUUCGUUAAUAGCGCUUUGCACUAUUACUAAAAAUAGGUUUUGUCACCUUAGAACCCCCCCGCGUGACUCAGACAAACAUUGCAUUCUACUCAAAGGCUUUGUGUGAGUAACAUACGUUUCUGACAUGAAAAUUGUUCAUAAAAUUCGCAGUGAGCGUUUUUAAAAUGUGUUUUAGAGCUACUCCAAUAUAUAAAACCUUGUCCAAGUAACUAAAAAAAUUGGUUAAAGUCAGAAAAAAAUAAAGCGACUUGAUUAAUGAAGGCUACUGAAAUCGGAUCCGUGGCCCUGUCUUCGUCAAAUAGCAUUCUAUGCACUGAAACAUGACAUGGCUGUGUAAUGCUCCAAAACCAAAAAUGCUGUAAACCUCCCAAUUUUAAGCCCUGGACAUAUACUAUGUUGUCAGGAGUUUAAGUAGGGCUUAUAAACUGGACAAAAAAAGUGUUUGAAAACAAGCUACAUAACAGUGUUGAUCAAAUUUGAUAACUUUUUUAAUCUUCAAAAUGUCAUAAAAAGUUGAAUUCAUUUCAAUGCAAGUUAGAGGGGGGCUUAUACUAGGUGGGAGGUUUACAUAACCAGAUGUUUUCUUUGUUUAAAAGUAGAUGGACCUAUAAAUGGGGGGGGGGGGGGUGGGGUGCUCAGGGGGGAAGGGGCGGGGGGCAUAAAAUCUAAAGUUCUACUGAAUACGCUUAGAAAACUGGUCUCACGACGUUUGGACAGGUACACGAAUAUUUUAACCAGUCAAACAGGGAUUCGAGCGCCUGAUAAGUAAUGCACCGUUGUCUCUGACAUAAGAGUUAUUAUGUCCAAAUACAGAGAUACUUGCAUUCUUAUAAUCAGAAGUUUAACAGUAUUAGCUUGCUUCAUCUGUUUCCCUCUGUUGUAACAAGAUACCGGUUUCUUCGAUGACUCAAAGAGGUCAUCACAGCUUAACUGCAGAAUACCCCAUUACUUCUAAGCUAUAUCCUAAAUUGGGUGGAUACCUGGAUACUUGGAUAUGCAGAUGUGCCAAAUGGGGGAACUGGAUACCAACGUCAUGUAACAUACUUCAAAUGACCAGCAGUGUGCGGUCAAACAUCCCGGCCAUAGUAUUAUGCAAAAUUCAACUAAGUUCCUGUGAAAAGCAAGGUACAAAUGUAAUACAGUCGAACCUCACUGUGCGACCACCCCCCAUAAGUGAGCAUGCACCUAUCCAAAACACCAAAACUUUCCCACUCAAAGCCUUACUUUUGGAACCUCUAGUAAACAACUAGUAAGUGACCGUGGCCACUUUUGCUCUUGUUUUGUUUUGUAUUUCUUUACUGUAUUUUUUGUACCUAUUAACUGGUUUCAAUUUAUUCACAUUGCUGCCCCAUCACAGCAUCGUGAGUUGUUGUGGUGAAUGUAUUUCUAGUAACUUUAUUUUUUUUACAGGUAUUAAUCUGUACAUCCCUUCAGCAACACAGGGUCAACAGGAAAAAUUGUCCCUUACUUUGGAAGAGUGACAACUUUAGUUUGUCAGAACAGUUUGCAAUGUGAGUCUCAUGAGGAUUAUAACUUACAUGUGUGUAGUGUUGUGGGAUACUUGUACAAGUCACGCUGUAUUUUCAUAAGCCCCUACGGCCAUUCAAAACACAAGAGAGGAGUUUUUGAUUAAAAAACUGUUCUUUUAAGUGUCCUGCUUAGCCUGUGAAUACAGCUGCUUUUCCUUGCAUGCAUAACAUUUGACCGUUUUUUAGUACACUGUAGAUUCACGGUGUUUAAUAGUUUAAUACUGAAUUUGAUUUGUGUUACCUUUUGUAUUUUUGCUAUCCUUUGUUAACAGUAAAACAGUACGUACUAUGUUGACCGUUAAGCACUCGUUGACCAGAUUACAGACAAAUCUACGUCAUUAGACUGAGUAUGGAAUUUUUUGGCCGGACCACACAUGUCUCUCCCUCAAAACAUCCCAAGUGGCAAGAAGUGAGGAGAGACAACUGAAUUCAAAGGCUACUUCUUGAGCUAAAUUGCACUACAUAAUAUGAUGUCGUUUUUGACUUGUAAAAUGAGAGGUAGCUAUUGUUGGCAAUGCUGAGAACUUAAAAAUUUGAAACUCUUAUGUACAGGUCUAUUUUCUUUUUUAAAAAAAAGAUUCGAAUUUUAAACUUGUUUUUAUUAAGUUUCUUGCUUAUCGCACAUUGUUGGUCACUAAAAUAAACAACAACAACAACAACUAAAAAUGCUUGUUUUAUUCAUUUAAAGCAACAGCAGAUGUGGAAUACACUACAUGUUGACAAAAAAUUAUCACCAUGGUUUAAUGUAUACUUGGCCACUGUAACCACAUGUUUCCUUGUAUACAUGAACAUUUCCAUGCUCAAGUUGCAUUUGAACGUCCUAUUUUUACAGAUCAGUAAAUGCCAGUUUACCGCAGAAGACAAGAAAUAAUGGAUCGCUAUUUGCUCACCUGUUUAUUUAUCCAGUUGGAGCAUCUCCUUUCAACAGUGAAUAUGCUUCACAUGCUGUUGCUCCAUUAACUGUGUACUCUUUACCUCAAGAUGAAUCAAUUAAUCUUUUAAAUUCUGGUGAAAUGCCAAAAAAGGUGAGAAUUCUAGUGCGCCACCCUUGUUUGUGCAGAAGGGGGGCACUGUUUUAUUUGGCCUAAAUGAAUACAUAAUGUGCUACUUUUAACACGGUGUGGCUUUUGUGGCCUUGAGCCUUCAAUUUACUUGGUGUACAAUUUUCUUUUUUUCUAGUCCUUAACAGGGUGUCUUUCUAGAAACCUUGAUCUGGUUGUGAACAAUAGCCCUGCAUGGUCUAUGCAUUGUACAUCACCAGUACAAUAAUUUUCUAAAAAAUCAAAUUUUAUGAUGUCACAUGUAAGAAAAAACUUUUGUUUGUAUUAAAUUUGAAAUGAAUCAGUGUCACAAAAAGGCCUCUUGUCUAGUGAAUUAAGGUGAUGAAUUGACUAGAUUUUCUCUGGCGACUUAAACAUUUUCAGGGCUUGAAAGACUAUUAAUGGCACACAUCUAGCCAAUAAUACAUGCACCCCCACCCUUAACUGCCCGUCUCCCAGUCUCUUUGGCUCUUAUCAAGAGACGAGAGGGAUCAAAUAGAUUGAUAAAGUGAUCAAAUAUUGUUUAUUUUGCAGAAACAAAGUUCACCAUCCAGUGACAUCCCAGUGACGCACUGGAAACCAAUACUCAACUUUCAUGUUUUAAAUGAAAAAGUUGUAUUUGAUCGUCAAGCCAUUCCUGGUGAGAUCUACCCAUUUAUAAGGUAAGUGAAUAGUCAACUGUAAAGUUUUAGCUGAAGUAAUGCUCCUUUCUCCUUUCAAAAUUACCAGGUUUUUUUUUUAAUGCACAUUAUAGAGUGAGAUGAGGUAAAUUUUAACCCUUAUGGAAAUGUGACAAGUGGCAGCCAUAUUGGAUUUUUCACCAAACUUGGGGUACCUACUAUUUACAUGGAAAAACCUGAAAUUCCAGUUAGCUAAUUAAAUGGCUCUCGCCACUUGUUUGGGAAAGCUUCGGAAAAUAUGGGUUGUGAUUUGAGGCAAUUCAAUUUUUCUACUCUUUUUUGUCUGUUCAGCUGAAUUUGUUAUCCUUUGCAAAGGGUCAUUCUCGCACUAAGUCAAAUUUUAUAGUUUUGUGUUUAUAUUAUGUGCCCAAGAUUUCUACCCAUGGAUGGUUUGUGUAAAUAGUAAAAGCACCCUUGUUUUCGUAAGAAGAUUCUUGUCACUUUUGCUAGUUCAUCUUCUUAUAUUUAUAUGUAUGUUUGUUGGUUUAUGCUAUAAAUUUAUACAGUAAGUAUGGUAUGUGUAAGUAACAUGUAAAUUAUCACAAAUGACAUAACUACUCAGUCUGGUUAUCUAAAAUAGCAAAAUUAACCAUUAAAGUUCCAACAGCGAUCAACAUCAAUUUUCUCUUUACAAUAUCAAUACAUAAUCAAGAGAAAUGGUAGUGAGAAUAAAUGAAAUGAUCACCUACAGGAAACUGCUUUGAUCUUUUAUCAAAUUCUCCCAGCCAUUUAUUAAGAAACUGCAUAUGGAGAUCAGGUUAGAUAUUAUUAGUGAAUAUUGUGGUUUGAAGGGUUAAUAAUACCACUAUCUUCACCUAAGAUGUUGUUCUUUUCCAUUGUUUUUUAGUUUAGCCCCCAAUAAUGACUAUCUGCCAGUUUUAUAUAUUGAUCAGCUGGGUGUUAUUUAUAGAUACCUCAAGGUAAGACUACUAUCAUUAACUUAUAUGAGGUAUCACUGAACCAUGUUUUGCUUCAUAUCAUAGGAUGUUCAGGUUGAAAUUUGGACAAUCCUUCAAGAGUCAUGUGUAAGAUUAUGGCCUAGAUACAAUGAGUCCAUUGGAAAAGAAGUCUUGAUUAUCAGCCUCAUGAGCCCACUCUCAUCCCUCACUUCUCGGGGCAAACCUAAGAGAGCAGUGUAAAUUGAGCGUUAACCCAAUCCUGAACCUGUAAAGUUCAUGGUGCCCAGCGUUGAUUUUUAUGCAAAAACUGAGAAUUCUCAGUCACCCAAGAGCAGAAGUGAGGCCUUGAAACAUUCUUCUGACUGUUUUGGUUAGAUAUAAAAUGAAGUCUUAUAAAAUAAAAAUGAGUGUUUAAUAAUUAAAUAACUUAUGCAGAUAGAGGCUGUUCCUUGGAAAAGCUCAGCAACAAACAGUUCCCUAUGUAAAUUUUACUUGUUUGCUAUCAUGAUGUUUUGUUUUGGUUUUUGUUUUUUCAAGCCUGUGAAUAAAAGUAGUACACAGAUGGAACUUAAGAUCAAAUACUCACCCAUCUCCCUUGGGAAGCUUCGCAUCUGGGCAUCUGUUCAUCAUUCAUUCGCAUCUAUGAGGCAACUAGGUAAGAAAUGCUUUGUGACAGGGAGUAAAGUAAGCAAGUUUUUAAUGUGGAUUGUACAAUUGCAAAGUUUAUAUGAUUAUAUUGAUACCUUCAGUUGUUUCUUUGAAUAGAGCAGUUUUCAAUUAUUAAAAUAAUUAUUAUUCAUACUUACAUGUAGCUCCAAGCCUGAGGGAUAUGAUUGAGGCCCAUUCACACUAAUGUGUUUUUGUUUGAAAGCACUUAUAAUUAUUGUGAUGCAUUUAGGCCUGAGCAUUUUCAUCAAAACGCAUUGAUUUGAAAACGUUCUCGAAAUUGGAUCAAAAUCUUGAAUGCCAAUGUGAAAGACAUUAAACCGUGACUCAGAAAUUUAGUGUACACUUCGGUACUCUGUUGUGGACGAGAACGAGAAGUUCACUACAGAUGUGGAUCUGGAAUUUUUCAUGACUGUAAAUCCAGUUUUUAUAAGGAUGUUUUAUUUUUUAUGGGCUUUUAAAGUUGGGAACCUGCCCUCAUACAGUUAACGACUGUUGAAGCAGUCUGAAUGCUGUUGUUGUUUAAAACCUUGUUUGUGCUGCCGUAGAUGUUGAUAAGGAAACGAAACGUUAAUUUAAGGUUCAUAAAUGUAUCCAAGGUGUUAAAUGUUUCUCAUUUGAAAAUAUGUCAGCUCUUGGAUAUGUGUCUAGUAAUCAUAACUUCUUGUAAGCAGUUGAGUUUUUUUGGAGGUUGUAAGUAGUGAUCAUGUGACUGUUGAUAACUGCUCUUUCCGUCUGUUAAUAUUUGUAAAUCGCUGAUGAACUCAAUCUUUGAAAACUACAUAUUUUCACAUUCUCGGGAAUGAUGAGAGACUCAUUUAGUUGUUUUGUUAACUAUUAUUUCAUCUGUGUGGGUUUGAAAAUCCUCCUAUAAAAACUCCUACAUUUUGACCUAAAAUCCUAUAUAUCUCCUAUAUUUUUUUCUGCUUUGCUCCUACUUUCCUUACAAAUUAUUUGGAAAAUGGCUGGGAUGUGUGAAAUAAGGUCUCACGUCCUUAAAAGUGUCAAAUUAUCCCCUCCCUUUAAGAUCACUUUCUCAAUUAUAUUAGAGACAUUUUAUAAUAGUUUCUAAGACGAGGGCGACCACGAGAAUGAGAUUUUCACAGUAUUAAGUAGUCCAGUGUCAUAUUGGCGGGAAAAUGCAAUAGCCUUCGUCAAUCUAUUACGCGUCGUAUGUGGUGCAAACAAGCGAUGAAAUGUAAGAUGUCUUAUCAUUUUGCGAUCGAGUGAGGACUUAACCUCCUUCAAUGAAAAUAACUGUGUUAACGUUUCGGGUGAAUGAAAUAAUAAUAAAUAAAUUAAUUAAAAAGCUUUAUAGGGUGUCUGGUUUUUGAGAAUGCGUGAAAAAAAUCCUCGUAGUCGUUCUCGUCCUAGUUUUUUUAAUUUCAUUUUGUUGAAGGAAAACUUCAUAAGUGCCCCCAUGCACCCAUUUCGAAAAAAGAAGGUCAGUGCUCAGUAGCCUGCGAGCAAGCUCUCCAUUUGGGGUGAAGUCACGCGAAAGGAGACGCGAGUGCGAGGGGUUUCAUCGCUCGCUCGCGCGUUCUCUCACGGCUUGCUUCGCUCGCUUGCUCGCAGGCUUAAGCCCCGUGCAAACGGACGCAACAUUGUUGGCCAACAACUCCCAACAUUGUUGGAUGUUACAUGUUGCGUCCGUUUGCACACCCUGUUGCAUGUUGAUGGAUGUUGUUGCGUGUUGUUGGGCAAAGUUUGAAACCAGUCAAACUUUUCAGCCAACAACUCCCAACAUUUCUUUUGUUCCGUGAUCGCCGAAGCGUAGCGCAACAAUGUUGAAUCCAUUUGCACAGCUCUUCCAACAUUGAUGGGGCCACGCACGCUCAUUACGCAUGGUUUACAAAGACUUAUGGGUUGUAUCCUUCCCACGAUGCACUGCAGGUCCCAACAUUGUUGGGAGUUUUGCAUCCGUUUGCACACCACUGCCAACAUGCACGCAACAACUCCCAACAUUGUUGGCCCACCAAUGUUGGGAGUUGUUGCGUCCGUUUGCAUGCAACCUUAAGUGCUCAGACACUUACUGGAUUUGUCAAACCUAGUUAUCUCCUUUUACAUUUCUUAUAUUUGAAAUCUUCAGUAACAAAUCCAUUUAGGUCUUAUUUAAUUUUUCAGGAUUUUCAGAAAAGGACUUAGAUGAAAUAAGAGGAAUCUUCACAGACACCAAUCUUAUGUUUCUUGGUCUGACAUUUGCCAUUACAGUACUCCACGUAAGUAACAUUACCACAUCAGCAAUUAUAAAAGAUACUCUUUUCUUUCCAAAAAAUGGCGUGUUUUGUGAUAACGAAAUCGCGGAGAGCUAAAUCCAAACAAUUUACUUUGAGAGCUGACAAAUGGUAAAUUCGUGACUCUGUGCAAAGACUGCGAGGCUAACCCUUUUCCCCGUGAGCCUAAGAUUUGUGAAUUUCCCACUCCAGAAGCUAUAAGGAGAAUUGGUACAAGCUUUCGGCGCAACGAUUUCUGGGAUCGCUUGCGUGGAUAAGCGUUACUUGUGAUUGGUUAAUAGUUGGCUUGAAUACCAUCGACCAAUCAUAACUAACACUUGUCCAACCGAACGAUUCCAGAAAUCACUGCACCUAAAGCUUGUAGCCAUUCUCCCUAUAGUUCAUGAAGUGGGUAUUAGCGAGAAUGAAACCGCAGAAGAGUGUUUAAAAUGCCGUCUAGGGAGACUUUGACCGACUCUAAGACUUAUAAAAUUCUAGCUCUAAACUCUCGGAGUUUUUCUCAAACUUCUGAUUAGCCGUUCCGCUACUUAAACAGGGCACAAAUCACCGAUCAAAUUCCAAAACAUAUUCGCAGGGUGGUAGGCUUCUUUCUGGCUAAAAUUGUGGGGAGAAGCCCGUGUCAAUGCGGAGAAGCCAUUUAUAUAUUCAAAAAUAGGGAUUGCAAGAAUCUCAAAGCCCUCCAAAACAUCUAAAUUCUUCUAACAUUUUGCGAGACUCCUGUAUUUUUUUUGAGGGAAACAUAUUUUUAAUUUCUUUCCUUUUCAUUUUGUUGCAGCUUCUGUUUGAUUUCUUAGCAUUUAAAAAUGAUAUUAAUUACUGGAAGCGCAGGGACAGCAUGGUGGGACUAUCAAUGAGAACAGGUGGGUGUCAGGGAAUAGGGGAGUCAAUCGAAUCUUUCAAUUUUUUUGCGUCAUUCGUAUAUGCCUUUCAUUCAGUUAUCUGUGAAAAUUGGAGCCCGAUAUACCGAAUAGUUUCGGAGAAAUUAUCUUUGAAAAACUAGAAACUUUACAAACAAUGUAUGGGCUCAUUAACGCGGUUUUUGCCACCCAGCAAUUUCGCAGUUUUCGAUAGCUGCUGUUUCCUUUGUUAUUGCUUGCAAAGAGCUGAAAAUUGGACAAAUUGCUCAAAUUAACCAACUCUUUCAACUUUUGAAUUUAAUUUGUUCAUUUCGUGACGCCUUCUGUUUUUGUGAAAAUGAGUUUUAUUUGCAUGAGAAUAUAAAUUACUUUUCAUGUCAAUGGGUUUGCACUUAGCCUCCCUUCGAAACAGAGGCUUAGGAUAGAGUAACUCAGAAUGGACUAUUACCGUUGGUGUCAGAGCUCUUUCCGUACGCGCGACUGGAUGCUACGGACUCCCGACAGACGAGCCGCGAAGCUUUUCGCGCUGAUCACCAAAAAGACUUGACUGAAACCGGAAACUGCGCUUUAAAAGUCUCCCUGGGUCGGGAAACGCUUCCGUAUUAUAAGCGUUCCAUGAAGUUUGUAUUUACAGGGUCUGAAAGGGGCGUCCUGAUCCCGCAUUCCCGCUCUUUACUUUCACGACAAUCCCGCAUCCCGAACUUCCCGAACAAAAACCGUUUUCUUUCCCAAUACUGCACACUGUGCCAAGAUUUUGGCGAAUCCCGCUUCCGAGUAGCGGUCAAAUCCUGUAUCCCGUAAGUGAAUUUUGCGUUUUCCCGAAUCUUGCGCUAUAUUUCUGGUCAAAUCCCGGAUCCCGAGGUAACCCUUUCAGACCCUGAAUCCCUUACUUACAACUUUUUUCUCAUUAGCACAUGCUUAAAAAGAUCAUAGCAGAAUUAGCUAUCUUUAAAAUUUUGAGCUCGGUAUAUCAUUUUUUUUUUGGAGGAAUUCUGUUUUUGAAACUGACAAAAACAAAAAAUGUAUGACACAUUGGAAUUUUUGGCACCAAUCAAUUUUGCAGUUUUUGAUGGUUAGUGAACAGCGAGUUUAAAAAGCUAAGGCGUGAUUAUUGUUUGCUUCAGUGAAAUUCUAACUCCCUCAUAUAUUCACCUCGGAUGAGACAUUAAACUUAUAAUAAUUGUUGACGGUCAAACUUUUCUUCUAAAAGUUGACCAAUUGAGGCCCUUGUUUGUCGUUUGCAAUGGUUAGUUUUUGUUAAGAGCUAUUUUCUCAAUUGUUGCACUGCAGUUAUUUGGAGAUGUGUCAGUACAAUCAUUAUCUUUUUAUAUCUAAUGGAUGAGAAAACCAGCCUUCUUGUUCUUAUUCCUGCUGGGAUCGGCUCAUUGAUUGAGGUAGGUCGACGUCGUUACUGAGUUAUGCCCUUAACAACAAGAGUUGUAGGCAACAGUUAAAGUUUUGAUUUUAUCUUUUCCUCAAAACAUGAAACAACUGGCAGGCAGGGAGGUAUUAGGAGCAUUUCUAUCGGGUUUCUGUUUGUGCGAGUACUAGAAAAAGUGUUACUAAAACUCCGAGAAUGAAAGGAAAUGUCAGACUCCUGAGUGGAAAAAAAAAGAGAAGAUGACUAUAUUGAGACGCCCUUAAUAGUUGAAAAAGUUCGAUCAAUAGUUUAGUGAUUUCUGUAUUAAAGUAUUUGUUUGUUUGCUUGUUCAGAUUUAGUGUAAUUAAAAUAAAACUGUGAUAGAAUAUUAUUUAUUGUAACUUAAAAUUGUAGUUUUUCCUUCCUUUUCCUUUCCUUUCUUUUCCUUUCAAUUUAUUUUUCUUUUAACUGGUCCGCCUAGAUUAGCAAUUGCUAUUUUUCGGGCCAGUCUAUUGUAACCAAUAGUCUUAUGAAAUAAAGUUGAAGUUGAAGUUGAAGUGGUGCAAACUGGAAUGUCCAGAGGGUUUGGGGUGGGGCACAGGAGAUUAGAUCAAGAGACAAAUCAACAAAAAAUUGUCUUAGGAGGUAUAGAGAUUUUCUUGACCGAAACAUUGCGGCGUUGUUUUAUUUGAGUUCAACUUAAUUUUUUGUUCUGUACAGAUGUGGAAAGUGACCAAGGCAUUCAAGGUCAAUAUAACAUGGGAAAAAGGAUCAAGGCCUUCAAUACAGGUGAUUAUUUCUUUAUUAUUAUUAAUAGAGCUGACCGGCCUACGCUGCUGUGUCAUGAAAUAAGGUUAAGCUCUGUCAUAUUUAUUGUUGCCUGAAUUUUUUUCGUUUUAUAGUUUGGGAAGCGUUCAAGCAAGGAACAGGAGACAGAAGAAUUUGAUAGCGAAGUAAGUGAACGAACAAAAUACUGGUACAUUUAUUAAUGGGAACACCACUAUCGAGGAUUCGUGUAUAUACAUUAGCGCCAUUUAUACGAGGAAAAAAUUAGGACGCGUAUUUCAUAAGACGCAACCGCCCUAGUUUGUUCCAGGCUCUCAUAUAGUAGGAUUGACGCGUAAGUAAGGCACGUGCGCGCUUUCUCAAUUUCGCGGACCCGACUAUCUCGGAGCCUGGAACAGGCUAAAACUGCCCCGUAUAAACUGCACAUUUCGUCUGUAAUAAGAUGCGACUUGGCUAAGACGCGUCUUAUCUAACAACAGGUGUUAAGGGCUGUUCUUAGAUAAGACGCGUCUUAGCUAAGUCGCGUCUUAUUUCAGAUGAAAUGUGCCGUUUCUGCAGGCCGCGUCUUAUGAAAGACAUGUCUUAUUUUUCCUCUUAUAAAUGGCCAAGUUAUUUCUUACUCAAGUGAACAAUUUUGGCCCAGGCGCAAAGUGACCGGCCUUACCAUAAAUAUAUAAAAAGAUAGAUAAAUAAACAAAUAAAUAAAUGAAUAAAUACCAAACCAACAAAAACAAAUACAAAGAUAACAUAACAAGAUAAAUAAAGAUUCGCCACUUAAAUGGGGACCAGAGGGAAACGUCACACGAGAAGGUUAUUGGUAUAUUUCUGGAUGGCCUGAGUUGGACGCGGAAAAGCACUAGCACGCCCCAUAGUAGUUGAUCAUAAAGCGAAUACUGACAGAGAGGGAUCAAUUGCCGACCGAUAUCGGCCAAGUGUUCCUCGCGUAUCUACCGCUGGUGGAGACGCUCCAGCGAUAUAUCGGUCAAGCAUACGCCGAUAAUUUACCAUCAAUAGGUCAAUAAUAGACCGACAUGCCGAUACUGGACUGUGAUAUCGGCCGAAAAUUACCCGCAAAACACAUAAGCUAAAGAACGAGAGACGUGAUGGUGAUUUACCAUUUUCCAUGUCUGGAGAGUAAAUGGAGCACGUUUCGGGUCUUUCUAGUGGAAAACUUUCUGUUGCAACGAAACGUCUGUAAAAGUAGUCACGUUUUUUGAUGUCGGAAUGAGCCAAGCGGAUUUUCGUGUUCGAUUCCUUCACAUCCAUCUUGGAUACCAGUCUCAUGCCUUCGCUGCUGGUUUUUUCCCCCCGUAAACAGGACGAGAUUCACAACAGAACUCGCCAUUCCUGAGUUUUGUUUACCGUUUGCUCAUUCGCUGCAACCGUGAACCAACCGGUUUGACCAUGUAUUAGGGAGUUUAAGAUACCACGACGGCGACGACCACCAAAACGUCGCUUAAAAAGUGAAUUUGCGUUUUUUUUCAAUCUCUGUCGCGAUUACUCCAACUCAUUUACUUUGUCAAAUGCAAGCGAACUCUUUUUGAGCCGAAUUCCUAAGAACCACAUUCAAAUUCAGAAAGAGAAAGAAAAUUUAGCAGUCGUUGGUUUACGUCCUCCAUAAAACGUGAAAUUAGGCAUUUUCCCGUCGUGGUCGUGCAGUGGCGGCACAGAAAUGUACAAAAAAGCGUGAUGCACGUGCAAAGUUGUUGAGCGCUUACCAUCUGUACGGAAAUUUUGGUGAAAAGUUUUAGUCAAAUGGUACUGGUAUUUUUUUGGCACCGAAAACAGGAACAGGAAUGAGUUGUACCAUUUACAAAAUGCCGGUAAAUUUUUCGCUUUCUCUCGACUUGAAGCCUGGCACUGGCAAUGCAAACAAAUGGGACAAAAAAUUACGGUUGUUUUCGGUAAAAACGGGAAAAAGGUAAUGCUUCGAAAGGUAUCACUUUUUUCCGGAAAAUUUCCACCGGGAUGAACCGUUCGAUUUAAAUUCUCCCUGGAAAUUCCUGGUUUUCCAUACAUAUGGUAAGCGCUCGUUAUUUUGCCUAUUCUAGCUAUUGCUUGUUUGACGUUUUACGUUGUCGUCGCCAUCGUGGCAUCUUAAAGUUCCUAAUGGUAAACAAUAAUUAAACACAUGCGAUGGACAUCACUGUGCUCAAAAGGAAUAUUUUGUACCUCCUCUCACUUAUACCUGCACCUCAUGCGUUUUCUUUUUACCGGGUAAUUAGCAGGCCGAGCUUUCGUUCGGCGAGGUUUUUUUGAGUUAAUUUAUUUUUUAUUUUAUUUUGUAUUUUAGGCUAUGCGUUAUCUAUCGUACGCCCUGUAUCCUCUGCUGGUAGCUGGCGCAGUGUACUCUCUAGUUUAUUAUCCGCACAAGAGGUAAUGUAAAUUCCUGGCUCCAUUUGUUUAAAAGAUGGAUACUGCCGUCCACUGGAUAAAUCUUGUCCAGUUGAGAACACAUUAUCCACUGAGUGGUGAUCUAUUUCUUGGACCUAUUUGUCAGACCCUAACAGCUAUUUUAGGAGAGGAAUGAUAAACAUCCCCAAUAACCCAAUACCACACUUUGAUUCUAAAUCAAGAGGCACAAGACCUUGCCUAUUUUAGACCCAAACUUUGAAAUCUACAGUUGACUCCCGAUAACUCAAACCUUCUAGGGAAAUCGAAAAAAAUUCGAGUUAUCGAAAGUUCGAAGCAAAUAUCCAGAAAUAAGGAAAUAAGCAAAUGGAUGGGAAGGAAUGCAAUUUUCAUGCAGUCUUCACUUCAAGAGCAGCAAGAAAUAAAGUUUGAUAUUUUGAAAAAGGAAUUAAGUAACAAAGCUUGAUUGAUAUAGAGUGAUAGACACUGGAGUGACAAAAGAGUAAAGACCAAGAAUUGACACGGUUGUUUUGAAAUAAAUUAUCUGUUUCGGACUUCAGUACACCGUUUCUUUUUUUUUUUCCAACUUGUCACGCGCUAAAAACAUGGUUCAAGUUAUCGAGGGAACGAUUAUACAAAAAUUAUCUGAAGGGAAAACAAAAAUUACUUCGAGUUAUUGGGAGGUUCAAGUUAUCGAGGACCGAGGGUAAAAUUACAGUAAACCUAUGAAGGAAAUUCAGGGGAAACAAACGGUCGAGUUAGCGAGGGUUGCAUACCCAAGUUCAGGCUAUUAAAAAGGGGUUCAAAAACCAUUCUCUUUGGCGCCCCACAUAUCAGCAAAGAUUACGUAAGGAAGUACCUCCUUUCCCAGGGAGGCAAGGAAUAACCUCUUGAAAACAAAGAUGUGUAAAACGUCUCCUCAGUUUAAUAGCUCUGUCGUGUGACAGAGCAUUCUGUGUCCUCAGUCGUCAACUUCAGGCCUCUUCUCCUUCUACGUAUGGGUUCAUCUUCUUUUUUAUUUGAGUUUCUGUCAUUUCAUAAAGCUGCUACACUGUUAUCUAUUUUCUAACCUUUCAUUCCUCUCCUUUAAUUCCAGUUGGUAUUCUUGGAUUAUUCGAAGUCUUGUGAAUGGUAAGUUAGUUGUCAUCCAUUUUCAAACCAUUUUUGAAAGAAAACCGUUAAAACACGUGUGAAGACAGGGUCUGUCACCUUUUGGAAAGAAAUUAAAAAAAAGAGACAGAGAGAGAAGAAAACAAGAUCUCUAGAUCUCAGACGCAAGUAUCCUUUUGAUUGCGAGGUUUUCCCGAAAAUAGGACUAGUAUAUGGCUUGUAUGAGGUUCUGUUUUUACUCUGUGAACUUUGUCUUCAAUCUCAGUUAGUCGUCACCACGGCAGGAAUUACCCUGGAAAUUUGACCCUUUACCCUCUCUCCCAGUAGUGCCUCCCCCCCCCGAAAAAAAAUAAAAACAACAACAACAAAAACAUAUAAGGAGAAACAAAAAACAAACUGCGGUGAUAAACAUAAGGAAAUAUAAACGCUUUUCGUUCUUGAAAGCCGGAAAAAAGUCUUUAACUUGACGUUUCGUAUGUUCCAACAUACAUCUUCAGAAGUAAUAAACCGUCGAAUAACAACAGAAUUUAAAUGUAGAAUAAGUAACUGAUUAAAGAAACGAAAUAUAACAUAGUAGAAAAUUUGCAUUAAAGGAAAAAGCAUGCAGACUGAAAAAGGUAAAGUUUUUCACUGCCGACAUUUUCAUUUAGGGAAGGUUCUAAGUCCCUAAUCAGCAGAGUUUCCUUUUAAAUUGCUUUUUGUAGAACAUCCUAAGAGACAAACAGUACUUCGCAAAAGUUCUGCCAAAGGAUGAGGUCUAUUGAAAUGCUUUUCGAAGUAAUCGUAGUGGAGGAGACUGGUCAUGAAAGGCGGCAAACAUCAAAGAUAAAAAGCUACCUGACGAUACACAAUAGCCCACGUUCGAAUUCAAACUUUAGGGGCAAAAUUGCAAAUUUUUCACGACUCCAUUUUCUCGCAAUUCCCAGGAGAGACUUGAGCACAAAGAAAACCCUGAAACCAAAUAUAGAAGAGCGACCAGAAAGCCUCGGACUCAUGUUAGAAUUCAAUAAUGAUAUGGAACGUUGGCCAUUCUAUAUUUUCUGCUCACAAAUUAUGACUGAAUAUAUUAAUGCGACGUUUUCAUUGGUCAAUAAGAUCAAAAUGAUAGGAAUGCCAGUGUACCUUGUGCACCGUUAGGUUAAAAAAACCCAACCCUUUAACAGAGAAGCCUGACUGGUUUCGUAACCAUCCCACUCUAUUAACUACGAAGUAAUUAAAAUCAUUAGAGCGCUUUUACUCGGUAACUAUAAGCUUUGAGUUUAUUUUAGAAAUUCAGCACCUGCUUUUGUCACCUUCAGGUGUGUACGCAUUUGGUUUUCUGUUCAUGCUCCCUCAGCUGUUUGUCAACUACAAGGUGAGUUUCUAGGACAAAGCAUUAGUCAACUCUCUUUUAACACCUCUCUAAAAGUUGACUCUCUACCAGACGGACAUCCUCUAAGACCGACACCUGUUGUUGCUUCCAAAGAUGUCCGUCUUUGAGCCGAUAUAGAAUAACGGAGAAUACAACAGAUCCGUGUAGAAUAGGAUGAUUCGGUGCAGCUCAGACUGUGAUGAUCUCUUAUGAUGGUAUGGAAUUUCGUGCUUAGCCGUGGAAAAGCGGAAACUUGAACCAAAGUGAGGUAACAAGGGUGAUCGGGCACUUAUUACUGGUGUGAAGGGCUUAAAAAAUCAGUAGAACCUCGCUAUCUGAAUGCUCAGUACUGACUUGACGACGGUGAACAGUACGCUUUGAUGUGAAGCUGCGUAUACAGACUAGCCUAGGAACCUAGAGAGUCGUUGUCAAUAUCACUGAGCUGUACUUGCUUAUCAGGAGAUUGGACUUGCCUCAAGUCGACCUCACGACUUCAUGAGUUUCUAAGCGAGCGGCCGAGCGAACGGCGAAGUCGCGAGCGGUCUUCGUCCUGCGCCAUAUUAGGGAGCUUUAGCAUCGACGACGGACGGCAGCAGCAGCGAAAACGUCAGUUUUAAAAUGAAUUCCCGUUGUUUCAAUCUUCGCCGCGUUUAUUCCAAUUUGCUGAAAAUGGCAAGUGUAGGCGAAUUUCCCUGGAGUUGAUUUCUUGAGGACCGCACUCAAGUUUAGAGAGAGAAAAAGAGAUUCGUCGUCGCUUUUACGUCCUCCAUAAAACUUGCAAUUAGGCAUUUUCACGUCGUAGUCGUGCAAGGACGGUAAAGAAAUGUACAAAAAUGCGUGGUGCACGUACAAAGUUGUUGUUCUGCGUAAUAAACCUAUUGCUUUUUUGACGUCCUCUGCUUUGCCGUCGCUGUCGUCGUUGCUAAAGCUCCCUAAUAAGUCAGACGCAGGACUUUUUUGAAAGACGAACCAGAGGAUUUAUAAGAACACCUCCAAACAUUCGGUUGGUUUUGUUGAAAGUGUUAAAAUACUCGAACAAGACUCGGAAGGUCUCACGCUCAAUCUCCUAAUCCUAACUGACAGAACCUCAGCUGAAACCUGAUUCCGCUUCACUUAUAACUUGAUGUACACCACUGACAUUGUCUCUCCUUUUUUCUUCAGCUGAAAUCAGUCGCUCAUUUACCCUGGAGAGCCUUCAUGUACAAGGUAGGUGGAUUCUUAUUUACAUUUCAUGGGGCAGGGAGUGGUGAGUGGAGAAAAAAAAAGUCCUGUACGCCAACGCGCCGGGAAUAUCAUGUCACAAAACUUCCCUACUGCAUUAGAAAGGUACCUGUUCUCGCUCGCAAUCUCCGGUAUUGCAAUGAAAGCGGAUUAUUUGAUCUCUUGGUUUGCAACUUUUAGUAUCUGCACUAUUUUCAGCAUUUCUGCAAAAAAGAGAAGGGUCGCUAAUUUAUACGUUUAUUAAAUCUCCGUCGAUGAUUUUCUUUAAAAUUACUCUUAAGGUCUUUUUUUUCCAUCGUGUUUUCCAAUAAAGUUUGAAGUUUGUUGAUAUACUCUAAGGGUAUAAACAACCGACGCCAAAACGGCAAAGUUUGCGCUGUCUUUUCAAGAGCCCUUAGUCACUUGUCUUAUUUACAGUGUGUCUUCAAGGUUGAUAAUUGGUAAUCAGGCUCUUGAAAAACCUCAUCGAGCCACCUAACAUUUGAAUCUGUUUAUGGUCCCCUUUCGUUACAGCCUGCAAUAUAGCAAUGUAUAAUUGCAAGCAUGUUUUUAGUGUUUGUAAUUAGCUUUUCUGGACACAGGCCUGCCCCGAGGGAAUAGGCACGAACGGGACUCAAAGGUCCCAUGCAAGGUGCCAUCCCUACCCAAUCCCACAACCCGUUAAGGUUGGCCACACCACCGGGGUCUACGUCCCCUACUCUUUUCGAACAGUAGUGUGGGUUCUUUUAAUUACGUCCCACAAGAACAGAUCGGUGAAAGUUCUGUGAGACGGGACCUACGGUUUUUCGUCCUUAUCCGAGAAGACUAGAAAGUCUAACCAUUUGCAGAUGUCAUUACAAAGGCAGCACUUCCUUCUCAGUUAUUUAAAGACCCUAAGUGUUGGUCCGGCCGGGGUUUGAACCCGCGACCUCCCGCUCAGCAGACCCGCGCUCUCCCAACUGAGCUAACCAGGCGGCGGUUAAUCAAUUAAUGGUGACGACUAAAAUUUUCAUUUGCAGGCAUUCAACACGUUUAUUGACGAUGUGUUUGCAUUUAUCAUCAUUAUGCCAACCGCUCACCGACUGGCUUGCUUCAGAGAUGAUGUGGUGUUUGUCGUUUAUCUAUAUCAAAGAUGGUAAGCUACGCACUUUGAUCUUUUUUAUGUGUAGGCUAUAUACGAGCAUGCAAUUUUUCAUUUUCAUACAAGCCUUGAAUUGAAAAUUUUCUAAGAAGACAGAAAUAUUUGAGGUUACGUUUGGCUGUCUAUAAAACCAGGAACAGGCCCAGAAUACCCCGGAACGCCCUUAAUUACAAACAUUAUGCAAAAAAUUACAAAACCAAAAACAGCCCCCCCCCAAUAAAGCCGUACUAGACAAAAAGCAGACAAACAAACAACAACAAAAAGAAGCUGCUAACGUUUGGUAGUGGUAUACAAUACAAGUACUUCGCGGAUGCCGUUUCAAAUUGGCGGGGUAUCUUCUAGUUGCUCCAGCUCUACUGAAGGAAACGAGUGGAACAGUUCUAAGUUUUUCUACUUGCCUACAGUUGACUACGUUUCCUCACUGGUAUAUGAAAUUCCACAAGUUCCCCCCCCCCCCCAAAAAAAAAAAAACGCAUUAGACGUUUGACCGCGGUAGAGGAUUUUCCUAACCAAGUCUAUUUCCGCAGGUUGUACCCUGUGGACAUGAAGCGCGUGAACGAGUUCGGCGUGUCUUAUGACGAUCAGGAGAAGGAGCAAGACAAGCCACACAAAGAUUAAUAAU